UCCCUUUCCUCGUGCCACCCAGAACCUUCGAGGCUAUUGCUGUCCGCUACGCGUUAUCAAAAUGAUCGGCCAGCAGGUUUUAGUACUCAACCAGAACGUGAAAAGAGAGUCGGGACGUAAAGUUCAGACAGGAAACAUCAAUGCUGCAAAGACCAUUGCAGAUGUGAUAAGGACCUGCCUCGGCCCACGGGCCAUGAUGAAGAUGUUGCUUGACCCCACAGGAGGAAUUGUAAUGACGAAUGAUGGAAAUGCCAUUCUCAGAGAGAUUCAGGUGCAGCAUCCUGCAGCCAAGUCGAUGAUCGAGAUCAGCCGCACACAGGAUGAAGAGGUGGGAGACGGGACAACCUCGGUUAUAAUACUGGCUGGAGAGAUGUUGGCUGUAGCAGAACAAUUUCUGGAGCAGCAGAUGCAUCCAACAGUGAUCAUCAGUGCCUACAGACAGGCUUUGGAGGACAUUUUGGAAACUUUGAAGGAAAUCAGUAUCCCUGUGGACACCUCAGAUCGCUCCAUGAUGCUCAAGAUUGUUCACUCUGCCAUCAACACCAAAGCUCUAAGCCGCUGGUCAGAACUGGCCUGCAGCAUUGCACUGGAUGCUGUUCGCACAGUGGAACUGGAGGAAAACGGACGCAAAGAGAUUGACAUCAAGAAGUACGCCAAGGUGGAGAAGGUUCCAGGUGGGAUCAUUGAGGACUCGUGCAUGCUGAAAGGAGUGAUGGUAAACAAAGAUGUGACUCACCCCAGGAUGAGACGGAUGAUUAAAAACCCUCGUAUCAUCCUGCUGGACUGCUCUCUAGAGUACAAGAAGGGGGAGAGCCAGACUGACAUCGAGAUCACUAAGGAGGAAGACUUCGCCAGGAUUCUGCAGAUGGAGGAAGAAUACAUCCAGCACAUCUGUGAGGAUAUCAUCCGCCUGAAACCAGACCUGGUCUUCACCGAGAAAGGCAUUUCAGAUCUGGCCCAGCAUUACCUGGUGAAGGCAAACAUCACCGCCAUCCGCCGCGUGAGGAAGACCGACAACAACCGCAUCGCCAGGGCAUGCGGUGCUCGCAUUGCAAGUCGGACUGACGAGCUGCGUGAGGAAGACAUCGGUCUGAAGGCAGGCCUGUUUGAAGUGAAGAAGAUCGGAGACGAGUAUUUCACCUUCGUCACAGAGUGCAAAGAUCCCAAAGCCUGCACUAUUCUCCUGAGAGGUGCCAGCAAGGAGAUCCUGGCGGAGGUGGAGAGGAACCUGCAGGACGCCAUGCAGGUGUGUCGUAACGUGCUGCUCGACCCGUUCCUGCUCCCGGGCGGUGGUGCUGUGGAGAUGGCUGUGUCAAAGCGGCUGAUGGAGCGUUCCCGCUCUCUGACCGGCAUCGAACAGUGGCCGUACCGCGCUGUGGCUCAGGCUCUGGAGGUCAUCCCCCGAACCCUGAUCCAGAACUGUGGAGCUUCCACCAUUCGAGUGCUGACAUCCCUUAGGGCCAAACACACUCAGGACAACAGUGUGUGUUGGGGUGUCGAUGGGGAAACUGGCUGUCUGUGUGAUAUGUCGACACUCGGCAUCUGGGAGCCACUUGCUGUUAAAUCUCAGACCUACAAGACUGCUGUCGAGACGGCCAUCUUGUUGCUACGUAUCGACGACAUUGUUUCUGGUCACAAGAAGAAGAACAAAGAGGAGAAUACAGGAGGACAAGGAGCAGAAUAGGUCCAGUUCGAUCCCUGUUGAGCAAGAGUCACUCCAACUGAGCGUUUGUUUGUAUUUGUGUGUGUGUGUGUGUGUGUGCACGCAUGUGUG